GCCGUCUGGUAAUCAACAAGGAAGCCGUUUUAAGGCGCCAAUUUUGUUUCGUCGUUGAAAUCCCAGGCGUUUUUCUGUAUUUUAACCGUGUUAAAUUUUCUCUAAAGUUGCAACAAUGACCGAAAACACUUUCCCGGUCUACACUGCGGAUAUGAUAGUGAGCUUUUAUCGCACAGAAGUUCUCGUUGGCCAAGAGGCGAAACACUUCACGAAGAGCGACUUCACUCCUGUUCCGAAGCCAGAAGCAAUUCGGACUUUGUACAUGAGAGUGCUGCAUCUCCUGUAUCGUUGCCGGCCUGAGUAUCACUCCAUGGUUCCAAUUUUGGAGAACAUUCAGUAUCCAACUUAUCAUGAGGGGGCAACUGCUAUCAUAAGUGUCUACACACGCAUGCGGCAGUUCCUGCCCAUGUGCUUUGUGUAUGAUUUUUCACUGAACGACCUGCUAGCUCCAAAAAAACAGAAGACUACGACUAUUCUGAGUGCCAUCAUGAACUUUCUUCAAUUCAGGAAGCAGAGGAUGGACAUAAUGUUGGAGAAGCAGGCCAAAUUUAGGGCAGACAUGGACAAACUGCAGGCUUACACCAGAGGCAAUUUGGAAGCAGAGAAGAAGAUAGAAAUGCUGACGACCAUCCCGCCAGAGCAGCAGGCCGAGGCCGACGAGCUGGCAGCUGCUCUGUCUGAGCUGCAGGCCACCACCAUGCAUGAAUAUCAGGAAGUGAAUGCUGAAAAUGACAGCAUUGCAGAGUGGAAAACCAAAAUUGCAGAGAAGACACAGAAACUGGCUCAGGUGAAGGUGGACGUUAGCAGCCUGAAGGAAGACAUUGGCAGACUCAAGUCUCAGAUUGUGGAGUCUCCGGAGGAGCUGAAGAGUCAGAUGGAGAAGAUGCGGGAGAAUGUCAAGAACAUUAAGAACUCCAUUGAAGAAACAGAUGAGCGCGUAGUGGAGAUGCAGAACAUGGUCCAGGGUGAGACGCACUGUGAGGCAGAGAACCAGCAGAUGUACAACCUCCUGCAAGACCUGGAGAGCAGCAUGAACAACGCAAAGCAGCGUCAGGAAAAGUACCAGGAACUGAUGGCUCAGUAUGAGAAGAAGCAGAAGGAGCUGAAGAACGUGUUCAUCGAGGAAGGCCAGUUGAAGCGAGCUCGGGACAAGAAGUUGGAUAAAGAGUGCAAGCAGAACAUUCGCAGACAGAAGAAGAGAGAGAUGAAGGAGCAGCACGUUCAAGACGUGUUCAGGCAGUGCAAUCAGAUGCAUCAGAAGCGUGAAGAGAUGGCUGACAAGAUCCAAGAGAUCACUGGAGAGAUGCAGCAGCUGAAGGCCAAGAUCAAGAGUCUGAGAGACGUCUGCAACGAAGAGACAGCAAUAGCUCAGGCUCUGUUUGACACCAUGUACACGUCAAUGGAUGAGCUGCACAAAAGAAUUGAUAUGCACAUCAUGGAAGCCUCAUGAACGGACCAACGUCGACAACCCUUAAAGUCCAUCUCUGAUUACUUCAAAGCAAGAAACGAGGCUCACAAAUGUAUAGUUUUAUUAUUGUUUUCUUUUCUGAGAGGCGGAAUCAUUUUCUAGAAGAGCUGGGCACUGUAGUUUGUCACAGCAUCAGAAAGAAAUGGUGCCUUUAUACUGGAUUUGCAUGCAAAUGUGUGUUAAUAAAGUGAGUUUAAAUGUA